CAGAUAGUUGGAAGGCGGUUCAUCUUUCCUUCUUCAGCACUAACUGUUGCGUCAAUUUCCGUUUACUUUCUGCCUUUUUGAUUAGGGUUUCUGUAAUCUUUGUUGUUUGUGUCUACAAAGAAAGGGUCUGUGGGCUCUGAUUAAGAGGAGUGUUAGGUUGGUGGUUUUGGUAUAGAUUCUGAGUGGUUUGGCUGUUUAAAAACCAGAUCUUGGAGUGGUUGAGGAAAUGGAAUUCGGAGAGAAGCCCGGUUCGAAUAUGAAGUGGGGAAGUGGAGGGUAUGGAGUGGGGCUGGUGAGAAGUACAUCGUUUGGGAGGAAAAGGGUUGCUCUGUCAAAUGUUUGUAUGGAGUUUGGGGAUGUUGAGGAUUGUUUUCCCACCACAUUGUCCAAGAGACAGUGCUUUCAAGAUUCAUUUUUGUGUCCUGAGAAGUCUGCUCUUGAAGAUUUGCCUCAGGAGAUUCUGAUUAGGAUACUUUGCUGUGUGGAACACGAUGAUUUGACGAGGCUGUUUUUCGUGUCCAGAGCAAUGAGAGAAGCAACGUUGAUCGCAAAGAAGUCCCAUUUUGCUUUCAGUACACCGCGGAAGACAUUGUCAUUCCCGAAGGCGGAGGAUUUUGCAGAGUUCAAUGAUGUCGAAGCUCCAAAUGCUCCAAAGCAACAAAGGGUUCGAUUGUCUAGAUUGAGCGCGAAGAAACUGGCCGACAUUUCCGUCGCCCUGUUUGCAUCUGACGAUGAGCACAUCUGGCCAAGAAGAGAUUUGGCGAUGGAAAUGGAAACAGAGAUUUGAUUGAAUGGUUUUGUACAGGCGUUUGUUGUAAAUUAGAUGAUCUGAUAUGCUUAUCAGAUUGGUAGUUUUGCUGUACAUGUUGGAAACAAUGUCUCCAAGCCAGAAAUUUCUUCAACCUUUUUUCGUUGAAGAGAUGGGGAUGGGGGGUGGCUUGUCUGUAAUUGUUUGUACAUGUACGUGGAAUCUGAAAUGGUUCAGGAAUUCGUCGUGUUGCCUGCCGUUUAUACGUAGAUCUACGUUGUAUGUAUUUGUUAAUUAUAAGGAAAUGAAUGUCGUGAUUCAUGGGGAUUAA